UUGGCACUACGAGCAGUCUGGCUGUGUGUGCAAAUGUAGUCAUGGCUGUCUGACAAAACAUUCGAAAUAACAAGAAUUAAUGUAGCAGUUGGUUAUCAAAAGUACCAUGUCGUGUUUAUCGCAAAGUGUAACGUUGCCCUGAUUCAAAUUUCGAGGAGUUCAUUAGGAGCGUAGCGACUCCGGGAUUUUAUUCGUGUUCGCGUUCGAUCAACACAGAAACUUGGUGCAAUAUAGUUGGGAAUAAUAAUAAAUAAGUGGAGAGCGAUCGCGGUAAGGAAGGAAGUACGGAGUUCGAGGUGCGCCGAGCGAGAAUCCGUGGUGUUUCUCUCCUAAAAACUUGUCGAACGAGCGUCGCGUCUAACGACCACCGACGAUCGAUUACGCAAGAUGACCAUUCUGUCGAAGAAGAAGACGAACGCCUCGAAAGAUAGACGAGAAGGAGGCAGCACUUCCGAAGUCGAUGUUCACGGUGUGCAAAACGAGCAUGGCUCUGGAUCCAUCGCACUACCUAAUAGCCCAUAUCAGGUACGGGCAGCGAACGGUUUCGCGGUCGAUCUACACGGGGUUCAGACCGACCACGGAUCUGGUUCUAUCGUUCUUACGGGUAGCUCGUACGAGACUAGCGUCGAUCGGAGAGAAGAUAAACACUUUGAAGAAGGAAGCGGCCCAAGUCAUGGUAAACGUCACAGACAACGAGCAAGUCCGCAUAGCGGAUGCAUCGGAAGAAAUUCGCGUUCUAAACGUGAAAGAGAAAGGGAUAGGGGUCGUGAUCGAGAGAGGGAGAGGGACAGAGAACGUGAAAGACAGGCUACACCUCCUACUGCCUCAUGCAGUGGCUUACAAGCUACAGAUGCUGGUGUAAUAACCAACAAUCGGAUGGCUAUCGUCGGGACUGCUGCAAACUUAGAACACGAAUUAGCUAAUGGUUACAAUAGUGGAGACGAAUAUACUGGCAGGACUGGUAAUAACCUUACGUUAGCCGAAUGGCAAGAGCGGGAUAGGUGGUUUGAAAAGCGAAUGCGCAAGAUGGGAUUUAUUGUAAAAAAAAUGGGCGAAGAUGGAGCAUGUCUGUUCAGAGCUGUUGCGGAUCAAGUUUACGGCGAUCAGGAAAUGCAUGGGGUAGUACGAAAACAUUGCAUGGAUUAUAUUGCUUCCAACCAAGAGUUCUUUUCUCACUUCGUAGCAGAAGAUUUUAGCACAUAUGUAGAUAGGAAACGACAAGAGUAUGUUCACGGCAAUCAUAUAGAAAUGCAAGCAAUGUCUGAAAUGUAUAAUCGUAGCAUUCAAUUGUAUUGCUAUAGCCCUGAACCUAUCAAUAUCUUCCAUACAAUGGUUGAAAGUGAUAACGAACCAAUACGAUUGUCUUAUCAACGCGGUAGUCAUUACAAUAGCAUAGUAGAUCCGUAUAAAGCUACCGUUGGUGUUGGACUUGGUCUACCAUCGUAUAAUCCCGGUGCCGCGGAUCGACAACUUAUAUCCGACGCGGUUCGCCAAAGCGAAGAGUUGCACAUCGAACAGGAAAACUUUUUUGUUCAGACGAUGCUGGAAGAUAAAAUCAAAGCAACAGACUGGGAAGCAACGAACGAAGCUAUAGAGGAACAAGUCGCCAGGGAAAGUUACCUGCAAUGGUUAAGGGACAAUGAGAUGCGGAAAGCACGAUCAGCCAGUAGUAGCAGUACAAGUACGGUGACGAGCGCGCAACACAGUCAUACGCAUUUUCAUCCUCAUGGAGGUCGUGGACAACAACGUAGCCACACUUCCUCUCCAACCACGACCCAAACUAGCCAAGAUACUAUACGUAAUUCUCCGAAGGUAAACGAUGCGGUAAGGUACAACAAAAGGUCACCUCAGCAUCAGUCGACUCAAGGGUCUACUAUAUCUCACCUUACCUCCGACUUUGAAUCGAAAAUCCCUCAAGAACCGAUGCCAGGCAGUAGUAAGGAAGUCCACGCUUCGCCAGACAUUUCGAUGUUUAAUCGUCUUCCUCCUGAAGUUUUUGGUUUAACCGAUUGGGAGGACAGCGAUAUUCUCUCAAAAGUCUUGGCAACAUCGCAACAGGAAUACCUGGAUAGCUUAAAACAAUCACGGAGUUCCGCAACUUCCGGCAAUGAUGCUAACAAUAUAUUAGAUUCCAGUAACAGUUAAUUCUUAAAAUCGUUAUCGAUGAUGUUCAAAGAAAUACUGAAGCAAAAAUAUAUGCAUUCAUAUGCAGUGUUUUUCAUAGGAUGUGAUAUAUCCAGAAAAUAGGAUAGUUCUAAAUUAAAAAAAAAAAAAUGAAGCAAUUCUUAGUGUCAACGCAUGAUCAUUGAUAACUAAAAGUCACUGAUGGUUAUGUCGAAUUUAUGCCUAAUAAACUUAAUUACCGUUAACGGAUGAUACGUUACGGAUUUCUACUACUAUUGUAUACACACCAAGUUAGAUUUGAUCGUAACUCGAUAAAGCAUUAUGAAAUUAUUGCAAAGUUUAGAGUACCAUUUAACGAAUGUGUUACAAAUCAAAUGUUUUGUAAACGUGUGAAAUAUAGAGUUAAGAUUUUAGUUUGCAGAAUUAAAUAAAAAAGUAUUUAAGUUUAUCAAGGGUGCACCCAGUUAUAUUCUUUAGCAAGUCGAAAUACGAUUGACGACGAUGAUCACGUAUAAGCAUGGAGAAUUGUUUUAUUUUUAGUUGAAACAUUUGUCGUACGACAAAUACGGUGCAUCUUAUGGGACACUCUGUAUAUAUUGCAAUAUCAUCUAAUUCUGCAUUGCACUAGGGUAUAAGGUGGUUUGCUUUUUUCAUUGAAGUAGAUGUUAUGCGACGAGCAUAACCAUCGUUCGAUUCCAUUUUGGGAUUAUGGAUGUGUGCACUGGUACUCUAAAAUAGUACAUGCAUCGCUCCCGCUGCACCUUUCGAACACCAGAGUAGCUAUAUUUUUAUUUUGUCCGCAGUGUAUCACCUCACCAUAGUCGAGAUGUUUUGUAUCGAUUGUAAGUUAUCGACGAGCAGUCUUCUUUUUUCCCAUUAUCAUGGAAAAUUGUUCAUACAUGAUAAACCCUCUGCGUGUUCUUGGAUGCAACGUUUACCGUCGCGAACUAUGCAAUCCGAUCAGGUCAACCGCGUAACUGUAACAUUUUUCGUGGUACGAUAUGAUACGUCUAAACGCUUUAGGAAAAAUCUUUAUUGCGUUAUUUGUAAAAAAAGACAAAUAAAACUACUACGACGUAAGUUAAA